GGCUGCGGUGAGGUACCUGGGAUCCUGAAGGGCGGGCGGUUAGGUCGUUACCGCCGCCGCCGCUGGCGGACUAAACCGGGCGGCCAGGAGCGAGCAACCUGGCGGCUGAGGCGUUCACUGCAUAGUGCCUACGGCACCGGGUCAUCUCUUUCUGCGACCUCCGCCUUCGCGGUCCCCACCUUUUUGAGGGCGAAAUCACUUUUGGGUUUCGAGACCUUGCGGCGUGAGGCCCCAAAUCGGGGAGACUCCCCAAUUUACCUGUCUUUUCCUCUAUUCCUCCAUCUCUUCCUUUGCACCACUGAAUCACUUGGUUUUUGGCUGGCCUGCUUGGCCGUGCCUUGAGGCCAAGUUCGGGGCGGUAAAGGUAACGGUGGGGAAAGCGGCCCCCCAGUGGACAAAGGCAGAGGCAAGAAUAGAGCAGGCCUGAGGGCCGCAGUCAAUGAGAAUAGGCAGUUGAGGGGGUGAACGAGAAAAAGAGUACUGCGGAUUUAGAAGGGACUGGAAAGGACUUGUUGCACGAUGGAAGAAUCUGACUCUGAGAAAAAGAUGGAGAAAGAGAAUCUGGGGCCGCGAAUGGAUCCUCCACUAGGGGAACCGGAAGGCUCGCUUGGGUGGGUGCUACCAAAUACAGCCAUGAAGAAAAAGGUGCUGUUGAUGGGUAAAAGUGGGUCUGGUAAGACCAGCAUGAGGUCUAUUAUCUUUGCAAAUUAUAUUGCCAGAGACACACGUCGGCUUGGUGCAACAAUACUAGACCGUAUACAUAGUCUUCAAAUUAAUAGCAGUUUGAGCACCUACUCUCUCGUAGACUCUGUUGGAAAUACAAAGACAUUUGAUGUAGAACAUUCUCAUGUUCGAUUUCUGGGAAACCUGGUAUUGAACCUGUGGGAUUGUGGUGGACAAGACACCUUCAUGGAAAAUUAUUUCACUAGCCAACGGGACAACAUCUUCCGAAAUGUGGAGGUUCUGAUUUAUGUCUUUGACGUGGAGAGCCGCGAACUUGAAAAGGACAUGCACUAUUAUCAGUCAUGCCUGGAAGCCAUUCUCCAGAACUCUCCAGAUGCCAAAAUUUUUUGCUUGGUUCACAAAAUGGAUCUGGUACAGGAGGAUCAACGGGACCUGAUUUUUAAAGAGCGAGAAGAAGAUCUGAGGCGUUUGUCUCGCCCGUUGGAAUGUUCUUGUUUCCGAACAUCUAUCUGGGAUGAAACUCUCUAUAAGGCUUGGUCCAGCAUUGUUUAUCAACUGAUUCCCAAUGUUCAGCAGCUGGAAAUGAACUUAAGGAAUUUUGCUGAAAUUAUUGAGGCUGAUGAAGUACUUCUGUUUGAGAGAGCUACUUUUCUGGUGAUUUCUCAUUAUCAAUGUAAAGAGCAGCGUGAUGCUCAUAGAUUUGAGAAAAUCAGCAACAUUAUUAAGCAAUUCAAGCUGAGCUGCAGCAAGCUGGCUGCCUCUUUCCAGAGUAUGGAAGUCAGAAACUCUAACUUUGCUGCUUUCAUUGACAUCUUUACAUCUAACACUUAUGUGAUGGUUGUGAUGUCUGAUCCAUCCAUUCCUUCUGCAGCUACUCUGAUCAACAUCCGCAAUGCCAGGAAACAUUUUGAAAAGCUGGAAAGAGUGGACGGACCAAAGCAGUGUCUUCUCAUGCGCUAAACAUUGCUGAAUACUAUUUCACACAAAAAUUAAAACACUGUUUAUUAAUUAAUCUUAAUGUUGUAUUAAUAUGUGUAGGCCCCGAAAUGUUGUAAUGUGUACCACUUCUGUAUUCCUUCUCUAUUCCCCAGUCUUAAUGUUUAAUCUUGAAUGCUAUUUACUCAAAUAGCCAGUGAGGAGUUAGGUGAACUGUCUAUGAAGUUGGUGUGACAUAAAAGUAGUAUAUAUGUAAGUGUUCUGAUAACCUGGUUCUAAUAGUGUUUAAGUGUCCUAUAACCUGGUUCCAAUAGUUGUGUAUGCCAAAGCCUUUCCCAGCAUCCUCUUGUAUUCCGUAUUAGAUGGUAACCUAUAAGUUUGAAAUAUUACUGUUUUCCUCAGCAUGCA